AAAAAAAAAAAAAUCUCAUCCGUCUCCAGCAGCCAGCUGACUUUCUGUGUGGCCUUGGGCAAGUCCCGUAAGCUCUCUUAGCAACAGGGGACAGACCGUCUCUAAUAUCCAGUCUCAGUUGACAGGGUUGAAGGUGGGUGGUGGUACCUCCCAGCCCUGUCCUGAUGAUAGCCACCAGGCGCUCCCCAAAGUGACUUUGGCCCUUGCUGAGGCUGGACCUCCUCUGCCAGGCAGGUUGGGCAAGGACUCAGGCUGCCCGCACUGAGGAACCCCUUCUAAGGGGGAAGAUGGGCAGCCUCCUUGGGCGGCAGGAAGGAGUAGGAAGCACCAGGUAACGGGGCUGCACCUGAGGGUGUCCCAUUCUGGAACCCAGCCUUAGAAACAGAAGUGACUUCAUGGCCGGUGCUCUGGGAGGCCCUGGUUCCUGUUCCGGCUGGUUCAUCCUAAGUCAGACCACAAGUUCCUCUUUCUCAAGAGGAGAUCAGAUAGAGAGAACAUCCCCUGGGGUAUCUGCAGCCUUCUCCCCAGUGUGGGGGGGCCCCACCCCCCGGCCUCCUGGGGACACUUACAAACAUUAGAACCGAGUGGGCUCGUGGGGUCCGGACCCUGACCUCCUCUUUCCUCUGGUGGGCAAGGAAGGACAGACCCACCAUGGGACACAAACCCUUAUCCAGCCUCCUGAGACAAAAGCUCUCACAGAGGAAGGGAAAUGACUUACCCAGGGUCGCACAGCCAUCGCCUAAGUUCCAGGCACAAGUAAUACAGGGGAGGGGGUUGACCCUGCACCUUCUCACUCCUGACGGGAGCUGAAAUCUCCCAGAUUCAGCUCUGCCCUUUCAUCUCUGGAAGACGGGCAGGCUUGGGUCCUGCUGGGGAAGCCCAUGCCUCCCCCACCCCCCGCCCCGCCCCAGAUGCACACUGAGUGCUUUCCAUGUGCCCAGCACACAGCCUUUCAGCUAAUCCUUCCCAAAGCCGCGCAAGGUGGACAUUUCUGGGCUCGAUGUUAUAAACGUGCGCACAGCAGGACCAGGAACAGAACCGACGUCUGUCCCGCUCGGACGCUCGGACGCUUAACCAGCUCUGCCCAUCCUGCAAAGGCCUCUUUCCGUGCCUCUCCUUCCUCCGCUUUGAAGUGGGGUUUGGGUCUCAUUACAGCCACCUCCUACCCACAGAGUUUCAGGGUCCCCAAUGGCAAGAGACACACCGGUUCGUGCCCACGUUCCCAGACAUGGCAUUUCAAGAAGCACAGGACCCAGUAGAAUCCUUUUAUCCCCAAAUAGCAGAGUCGCCAUCCAAAGCCCAGAGCAGGUGUCGAGACAGGACAUCGUACAUGUCCCAGGGCUCCACAUGGCUGGCUCCUUCUCAAUGGAAGGUCACCUCCUCAGCAAAUCCUGCCUGAUCACCCUUCCAGGUGAAACAGGUCUCCCCCUUACUCGCUCCCUUGGCUGUUUCCUUCAUCGCCCCGACUAUGACUUACAGUUUCUAUGUACUUGUUUCGGCCACGAGGGCGGGGGCCUCACUCAUCUUCCUUCCUGUGAAGCCUCUUGUCUAGCACACAGCUCUUGACCCAUAGCAGCCACCAAAUGGCUGUCUGUGAGCAACUAUUGGGUGAAUAAAGGAAUGUAUAGAAAGGUAGCAGAGUAGAGUGGAAAGAGAAGUGGGUUUGGAGGUUCAAAUCCUUCUUCUGUUACAUACUGGCUGUGUGACCUUAGGCACGUUACUUAACCUUUCUGAGUCCCAACAAUCCUAUCCUUAAAAUGGUAAUAACAAAAACUUGCCUAGCCGACAUGCAGUGUUCUUAUGAAAAGCAAAUAAAAAUGGCACCUUCUUCACAUCUCCCGGCUUGAGUUGACCUUCCCCACCUCCUCUCUGAGCACCCAGAGCGCCCACGUCAUGACCGCCUCUGUUUCAUGGACAAGCUUUUGCGUCACUAUAGGAAGGCAUUAUCUGGCCUCCUGAGAGUGUCCCCAACUAUACUAUACAACCUCUUUGGGGACAGGGAGCAGAUAUUGCCUACUUUGUAUCCUCAGUGCCCGGCAAAGGGCCUAGAUUGUUGUAGGUGCCCAAGAAAUGUUUUGAGGCAAAUAACUGCAUUUCAAAACCAAUAAAAUGCUCUAUAAAUAUAAUUUAUUGUUAUCACCUUGUGACCAAAAUGGCAACUGUGGACGCAAAGGUCAACUGAGACUUCGGGGUCCUAGAAAUGAAAGCCAGAUCCACAUCCCAGAGAAAAUGUAACGUCCCCUUCUAAAGCCAUUUUUUUUCCAAUUUGCUUCUCUCCCACCGCGAUGUAAGGGAUGAAGUCAAAAACAUGCAUAGGGAUCAUCUGCUGAACUUUGGCCCCCUGAGGGCUCCCUGAAAGGCAGACCCAACUUCCCAUCCCAUGGAGAAGUAGGGUUCAUGCACCCAUGAACCAGAGAGCCCAAGGUUACGAUGAUGGACCAGCCCACAGUGGGCCCAGGAAUCUGGGUCUUCCCAGUCUUUAAACUUCUGCGCGUUUUUAAGGUUACAUUUCUAAGACGACAGUGGAGGAAAGCAUAAAGUAGAAAUUUGUUUGGGUUGAUGUGUGCACAACUGCAGAGAAUUCAAAUCAAACCACCCACACCGACCGUGCUCUUAGGAGGUGCCAGGUGCCUUCUUGGCACCUGGAUGUGAAUCAGGCCUCGUCCCUCUCCUCCCCAAGUUUGCAGUCUAACAAGGGUCCCAGAUGUACACAAUGGCCCAACAGGAAGGGCGCAGCAAAGAGGCUUGCCUCAGUUUCAGAAGGACACAGAGAGGGUCGAUUCCCUUAGUCAAGCAGGUGAGUUUUGCAGGAUGACUAGGAGUUCGCGAAGUAGGCUGGAGGAAGCAAACCUCUUUGACCCUCUGGUUUGAGCCACCGGUGUUCAGCCGGGUCCAGCCGAAUUUAAUGCCCUCCCUGGGGUUGUCAGCUCUCGGAGAAGUUGGGGAGCCUUGUCAUUGCAGCCCAGGUCCCCACUCUCCCUGAGCCUGACCCGUGUCUAGAGUAGGGGCCAGGACUUUUGGUGACAGUGCUGUACUCCUGACCCCCCCGAGCUGCCGCCUACGUGAAGGACAGGGGCCCUACCUGGGCCUCUUCCAGGGCACGACCUUUGCCCACAUCCUGCCAGGUUUCUCUUACCUCUGAUGACUAACCCCGGUGGUUUUCUCUGCUGGGAAUUCCCCCCCUGCCUCGGGGCUGAGGGGAAGUGGGGCCCGCAGCCUUGACCGGACCGGCUCCCCAUGUAGCGUGAGGCUCAGCUCAGCACUCGGUCGCUCUGAGCGCUUGCCCUGCCCAUCCCCCUAAAGCCGAGUUCACGACUGACCACAGGGUUCCAGGAGGAGUCCCUGCUCUCUUUCCCCCCUCCCCGGAGACUCUAUGGUCUGCAUCCCGGGCCCUGGCACAAGGCUUGGGACGGAGCAGGGAGUGGGAAACUCUUGUUGCACGGGGCUCGGUCUGCCUGCUUCCUCCUCUGCGAAACGGGAACAACAUCCAGCUGGUGGGGAGGACAGAAGUGAGGCGAGGCCCUGCACGGUCGUGAGGGACAUCCCCGUCACCACAGCUGUCACCCCCAGCCGCCUCGCCGUCCCUGUCUUGCUGUAGUUAUUUUGCCAUCAGAGAUAGUCCUGGUCUUAGGGUGGUGUGAUGGGUUUUUAUUGGCGCUUAUUGUCUUGCUAAAAACAUCCUGACAGCAGUAACACACGGGCCAGUGAUGAAGGUGGCUGGGACUCCAGGAUCCUGCGCAGACAGAGACCCAGAGCUUUGUCAGGACCACACAGUGGGGGGGGGGGGGGGGGGGGUGCUGUGAGCUGGGCCCCAGGCCGCCUUCCACCCUGCCCAGCAUGCUCCGCUUUCCGGGGGGUGGAGAGGGGCCUCGGCGGGGCCAGGCUUUGCACAACCGCCCCCUUCCCAGGAUGUGGUCUCUUAGAUCUGUUUGACACGCAAAGUUUCCACGUGAGUUCAUUUCAGCAAAGGCUCCGCAGCUACAGAAGCAGUGGGGAAACCCCCCCCCCCCGUCCGGUCGCACCUCCACAUCUAACAAAUGAGGAAACUGAGGCACAAAGGGGGGCGGGGGCUUGCUCAAAGUCGCAGGGCCGGUCAGAGUAGAGCCCUUAGAGCCAGAGACAGGAUGAAGAGGCAGGAGGCAGGGGCAUCAGGACCUCUGCAGACAGACCUGAGUCGGCCUCUGCUCUGCUCAGCUGCGUGCGAGCCCGGGGCAGUGACCCACCUCCCGGAGCCUCAGUUUACCCGUCUGUCAAGGGUGAGGACGUUGGUACCUGCUCUAGAGGACUGAUGGAUGGGCGCACACAGGUGGUGGUCAGGAAAGGUCGACUGUGCCUCCUGAGAACUCGCCUGCCUCGGGCCCCAUGGGCCUGUUCCAAGGGGUCAUGCAGAAAUACAGGAACUCCCAGCUGGCGCCUGUGGACCCGGUGCUGAAGGCCAUCAAGGAAGGUGAUGAAGAGGCCUUGAAGGCUAUGAUCAAGGCGGGCAAGAACCUCGCAGAGCCCAACAAGGAGGGCUGGCUGCCGUUGCAUGAGGCGGCCUACUACGGCCAGCUGAGCUGCCUCAAGGCCCUGCAGCAAGCAUACCCUGCAGUCAUCGACCAGCGCACCCUGCAGGAGGAAACGGCCCUUUACCUGGCGACGUGCAGGGGACACCUGGACUGCCUCCAAUUCCUCCUCCAGGCUGGCGCCGAGCCUGACAUCUCCAACAAGUCCCGAGAGACCCCGCUCUACAAAGCCUGUGAGCGCAAGAACGCGGAGGCGGUGAGGAUGCUGGUGCAGUACAACGCGGACACCAAUCACCGCUGCAACCGAGGCUGGACCGCUUUGCACGAGUCUGUUUCUCGCAACGACCUGGAGGUCAUGGAGAUCCUGGUGAGCAGAGGCGCCAAGGUGGAAUCCAAGAACGCCUAUGGCAUCACCCCCUUGUUCGUGGCCGCCCAGAGCGGGCAGCUGGAGGCCCUGAGGUUCCUGGCCAAGUACGGCGCCGACAUCAACACGCAGGCCAGCGACUGCGCGUCCGCCCUCUACGAGGCUUGCAAGAACGACCACGAGGAUGUGGUGGAGUUUCUGCUGUCGCAGGGCGCCGAUGCCAACAAGGCCAACAAGGACGGCAUGCUCCCGCUGCACAUCGCCUCCAAGAAAGGCAACUACAGGAUCGUGCAGAUGCUGCUGCCGGUGACCAGCCGCACGCGCGUGCGCCGGAGCGGCAUCAGCCCGCUGCACCUGGCGGCCGAGCGCAACCACGACGCGGUGCUCGAGGCGCUGCUGGGCGCGCGCUUCGACGUGAACGCGCCGCUGGCGCCCGAGCGCGCGCGCCUCUACGAGGACCGCCGCAGCUCCGCGCUCUACUUCGCCGUGGUCAACAACAACGUGUACGCCACCGAGCUGCUGCUGCUCGCCGGCGCCGACCCCAACCGCGACGUCAUCAGCCCCCUGCUCGUGGCCAUCCGCCACGGCUGCCUGCGCACCAUGCAGCUGCUGCUGGACCACGGCGCCAACAUCGACGCCUACAUCGCCACGCACCCCACCGCCUUCCCCGCCACCAUCAUGUUCGCCAUGAAGUACCUGUCGCUGCUCAAGUUCCUCAUGGACCUCGGCUGCGACGGCGAGCCCUGCUUCUCGUGCCUGUACGGCAACGGCCCGCACCCGCCCGUCCCGCCGCCCUCCAGCCGCUUCAGGGACGCGCCCGCCACGGAUAAGGCGCCCGGCGUGGUGCAGUUCUGCGAGAUCCUGUCUGCCCCGGAGAUGAGCCGCUGGGCAGGGCCCAUCAUCGACGUCCUCCUGGACUACGUAGGCAACGUGCGUCUCUGCUCGCGGCUGAAGGAGCACAUCGACAGCUUCGAGGACUGGGCUGUCAUCAAGGAGAAGGCAGAACUCCCGAGGCCCCUGGCUCACCUGUGCCGGCUGCAAGUGAGGAAGGUGGUUGGAAAGCACCGCAUAAAACUCCUGGAUGCGUUGCCCCUCCCGGGCAGGCUGAUUCGGUACCUGAAACACGAGAAUACCCAGUAACCAAGGCCGCGUGGAGGAGUCGCUCCUCGGACUGUCACUAAGCCUCAGGACAGCCGUGGCCCCAAAUCCCAGGGGGUCUGAUGACAGAACGAGGCCGUGGGUUGGCCUCCGUGGCAGCUGGGGCAGCUGCCGUGACCUCACCAGGUCUCUGGGCCAGAGCUUUGCCCGGACCAGAGAACACAACGUGUCAAGUGGGAGAAAAACCCGUGUUUGUUUUCAACCUGAUGAGUAGAGCCCAGACUUUCUCUGCCGUUGGGAAUGGCAGAGGCCCCAAGGGCAGAAGUUGGGGGGGGUGGGCGGCAGGUGGGAGCCUGCAGGGCAGCCGCAGCCCCGCCCCCGACGCUUUCAGGGAUGAGUCUGCCUUUCGGAGACAACCUGCCACCGGGCUGUCCCGGUCCCCUCCCACUUUGUCUGUAAAACUCUCCACUUGACUCCUGAGCUUUUUUCCUGGAGGUGUGAUCCGGCGGGGGUGGGUGGGGGACCCACUUGUCAAGUACAAUAAAUGUUGCACAGAUGA